GCGUCAUGUGAUACAGUUUUCAGAUAGAAAUGGCAACAAUGGGUUGGUGUGCGUGUUUUUUGCUGCUUCUCAUAUCGUUGGUUUCUGUAAAUGCUGGGAAAUGGUUUUACAAAAACGAACAAGAAAGGGUCUUGGGCUCAAACAAGAAGGCGUAUUGUUUUAACCCAGAAUUCAACAAAGGCAUCAAAACGGUCAAGACGAAGCCCCGGCCUUAUGAAUUAAUGGAUUUGUCUGCCUUGCCAAAGGCCUGGGACUGGCGUAAUGUGAGCGGCAUCAACUACGCCAGCACCACAAGGAACCAACACAUUCCUCAGUACUGUGGUUCAUGUUGGGCAAUGGGUUCAACCAGUGCCAUUGCUGACCGAAUCAACAUUCUGCGGAAGGGAGCCUGGCCAUCCACCUACUUGUCUGUUCAGAAUGUCCUCGACUGCGGAAAUGCUGGCAGCUGCGAGGGUGGAGGUGAUCUAGGGGUUUACAAGUACGCCCACGAAAAGGGAAUACCAGACGAAACAUGUAAUAACUAUCAAGCUAAGGACCAAGCAUGCAAUGCUUUCGAUGAGUGUGGAACAUGUACAACAUUCGGCAAGUGUGAAGGUCUGAAAAACUUUACUCGUUGGAAAGUCAGUGAUUACGGGAGUGUCAACGGGCGUGAUAAGAUGAUGGCUGAAAUAUACAAAAAUGGACCAAUCAGUUGUGGUAUAAUGGCAACAAAUAAACUUGAGGCUUACACUGGAGGAAUUUAUGCCGAAUAUCAUUUGUUUAAUGCAAUUAAUCACAUAAUCUCGGUGGUUGGCUGGGGAGUUGAUAAGGCAUCUGGAGUGGAAUACUGGAUCGUCAGAAAUUCCUGGGGAGAACCAUGGGGAGAGCACGGAUGGUUUCAAAUAGUGACGAGUCUGUACAAACAUGGAGAAGGCCACCAUUACAAUCUUGGUAUUGAGAGUGGCUGUUCCUAUGGUGACCCAAUUGUGCCAUAAAUCUAUCCAAUAAUUAUGCAACAUUUAAAAAAAAACUAAAUUUAAUUUUGUUGGCUCACUUAAAAUUAUAAGUAUUUCAAAUAGAAAUUGAUUGUACUAAUAUUCAGUUCCAACAGGAUUAAUCUUGGUCACAGUUUUACUAAUUCAGAUGUUAAAAAUAUCAAACUUAUUAAUGUUCUUUCCAAAACUAUAAUUUAUUUUCAUAACUGAAAUAUAUUUUUUUUAUGGUAUCCAUUGUUAAAGGAUAAACUGGAAUUUAUGUCCAUGUUAUAUUGUCUGAGAUUAUACAUAAAACCUUUUCGAAUAAAA